UGCACCGUAAGACAUCGUUGUAUGACAUCGGAUAUCUUUUACUUAAUUUACAAACUUUUCCUCUUUCUGUCAAUUGAACACUUAACCACUGGUGUCAACUUAAGGCUAACUAGGAAGUGGUUGUUUUAGUUCACCUGCGAUCAGCUGAUGAUGGCAUCAUCCAUAAACAUCUUGAAAGCCGACUCUGUUCUUCGUCUCAGUACUUUUUUAAAACGUUGGAAACCGGCAUGGCUAGUUCUUUAUGGGAAUGGUGAGCUGCGGUACUUUGAAAGUAAGGAUGAUUAUGUAGCGAAAGCGACUAUUAAUGUUCCACGAAUAUGCAGAGAAAUUCUAUCUGGUCACCGAAAUAUCGAUCCACCUAAAGAUCGUUCUAACGAGUGCAUUUUCGGCCUCAGGACAGAUGAAUCUAAUUGGUAUUUCUGCGCCCAGUCACCUGAUGACGCAGUAGUAUGGCGUCUUGCUUUAUCUGAAGUAAAAGGGAUGUCCAUCCCUCGCUAUCGAGUUCGUAUGCCACCUCCAGAAGCUCCACCACCAGGAUAUACAGAUGGCACAAACUACUAUCAAUACGCAUGUCCUGCUGAAACCACAGUUCCUUUAUACCAAGCUUCUGGAGGAAUGCGGGAAGUACCUAUUAUAUACCGUGGUUCAGAUGGUGAAUAUAUAAUGCCACGACAGAUUAUUGAACAUCCUGAUGGAUCGCGUACAAUUAUCCUUGGUGAUGGAAAUGAAAUUCCAUGUCAUUGUCGACAUGGUUAUUAUUGUGGAUGUGGUUAUGGUUUUGGUGAUGCAGCUUUAUUAGGUUUAGCAGCUGGUACACUUAUGUGGUCUCCAUUCUUAUGGUUCCCAUUUUUCUGGUGUUGAUGAAGUCGAUGAUGAGGACGAAGUUGAUUUACACAAACUGUCAUAAUUCUGUCACAACACUCACAUUUGUUUUUCGCUUUUUAUCCAUUUUGUUGAGGUUGUUUUUUGUUAUAAGGUGGUAGUUGACUAAUAAAUAUUUUCAUUUCAUGCUAUCAUGGUAUCAUUUUUCAUCAUUUUUCUUGUGUUAUCUCUGUAUCUCUCUCAAGUGAUAUUCAGGUGUGUUUUUUUUUGUUAAAUGGUAAUUUCUACUUGUUUUGUUUUCUCAUUCACUGUGAUGAUAUCCACCUAUUUCUUUAUCUUAUUAACAUAAGAAUAUUUUUGGAAUACUUUGUUUUAUUCAUAUUGUGAAUUGUGCUCUUCUGAUAAAACAGUAAUAAUAAUAAUAAAUAUCAGAAGGGGUUUUGUGGAUAUUAUAGUCAUUUUAAUAGUUGAGAUCAUGAAUCCAUUGAAGUUAGAUCAUCAUGAAAAACUUGGGCUCACUAGACGGUUGUUUCGUCGUAGUAUGGUACUCUUCAGCAGUGCGCAUUCAUGAUCAGCUCAGUGGUCUAGAGGUUAAGCACUCGUGUGCGGGACUUGGGUUCGAAUCUCGCCAGGCGGGAUCGUGAAUGUGCGCAAUACUGAGGUGUCCCAUACUAGGAUAAAACGGCUAUCCAGUGCUUCCAGAUUUUCUAUGGUGGUGUAGCUUCAAUUGAUUCAUGAAUUGAACUAUUAAAAAUUAUUUUAAGUUGUUGGAUUAACGGAAAUGUUAAGUGGGCAAAAAGAACUUAUUUGUUUUUUCAUCAAUUCCAG